UUCAUGUGGAGGAGAAGACGCUCCUCCAGGCAUAGCUUAUACACAUUCACAUCAAGAGCAGGUGAAGAGGGAGGAAAGCGCGAGGAGCUGUUUUGGCAGAAAGAGGAGAGAGUCGGGCACAGAUAGAGGGAGGGAGAGUAGGAGAGAGGGAGAUCUCUCAGUCUGCCUCAGAUACAGUAUUGGGUGUGUUACUGUGAGUGUGUGCAUUGUAGAGAGGUGUUGUUCACCAUGGCUGGCAGUGUGUUUGGAAGGCUCUCACUGGAGGAAGGGGACUCAGCCAAUUCCCUGGAGGGCCUGGAAAUCAAGCUUGGGGGAGAAGCCAUGCAUCAGGCUCUGGACACUCUGAGUGACAGCACAAGCUCCACAACUGCCAAUGACCUGGACCUCAUCUUCCUCAAAGGCAUCAUGGAGAGCCCAGUGGCCCAUGAGCAGUUUGAAGAACCCAAGCUCGAGGCUGUGAGGGAGAACAACGUUGAGCUGGUCCAGGACAUCCUCAAGGAGCUCAGCCCGCUUGCACACAGGAGCCAGGCAGCCGACGAGCUGGUCCGCAUCCUGAAGGAGCCUCACUUCCAGUCCCUCCUGGAGACCCAUGAUUCUGUGGCGUCCAAAAACUACGAGACCCCUCCCCCCAGCCCCUGUUCCUUCAUGGACUCAGCCCUCAACAAUCAGCCUGUUCCCCCAGACGCAGUCAGGAUGGUGGGCAUCCGUAAGGUGUCUGGCGAGCACCUGGGAGUGACAUUUCGAGUGGAGAGCGGCGAGUUGGUGAUUGCCAGGAUCCUCCAUGGCGGCAUGAUUGACCAGCAAGGUCUGCUCCAUGUGGGUGACAUCAUCAAGGAGGUGAACGGCAAGGAGGUGGGCAACGACCCCAAAGUGCUCCAGGAGAUGCUGAAGGAGGCGAGCGGCAGUGUGGUGCUGAAGAUCCUGCCCAGCUACCAGGAGCCGCACACACCAAGACAGGCCUUUGUAAAGUGUCACUUUGACUACGAUCCAUCCCAUGAUAACCUGAUUCCAUGUAAGGAAGCGGGGCUUAGCUUCAGCAGUGGAGACAUUCUGCAGAUUUUCAACCAGGAGGACCUGAACUGGUGGCAGGCCUGUCACAUAGAGGGAGGAAGUGCAGGUCUAAUUCCAAGCCAGCUGCUUGAGGAGAAGAGGAAAGCGUUUGUGAAGAGAGACCUGGAGCUCGCUACCACAGGUCCUCUGUGUGCUGGGAUGGGUGGUAAGAAGAAAAAAAAGAUGAUGUAUUUGACUACCAAGAAUGCAGAAUUCGAUCGCCAUGAGCUGCGGAUAUAUGAAGAGGUUGCCAAGGUCCCACCCUUCAGGAGGAAGACACUGGUUCUGAUUGGUGCGCAGGGGGUCGGCCGCCGCAGUCUGAAAAACAAGCUGCUGGUGUCGGAUCCCCAGCGGUAUGGCACCACCAUCCCCUUCACCUCCAGAAAACCAAAGGUGGAUGAGAGGGACGGCCAGAUGUACUCCUUCAUGACCCGCAGCGAAAUGGAGUGCGACAUCAAAAAUGGUCGUUUCUUGGAGCACGGAGAGUACGACGGGAACCUUUACGGCACUAAGAUAUACUCUAUACACGAGGUGAUAGAAACAGGAAAGAUCUGCAUCCUGGACGUCAACCCACAGGCUCUCAAAGUCCUGCGGACGUCAGAGUUCCUGCCCUAUGUUGUGUUCAUUGAAGCUCCAGAUUUUGAGGUUCUCAAAGCUAUGAAUAGGUCAGCAAUUGAGUCAGGAGUGAUCACAAAACAGUUAACGGACUCUGAACUAAAGAGGACGGUGGACGAGAGCGAGCGCAUUAAGCGAGCCUAUGGACAUUACUUUGACCUCUGCAUCAUAAACGAUGGCCUGGAAGCGGCAUUCCGAAGUCUACGGUCAGCACUGGAGAAACUGUCGACGGAGCAGCAGUGGGUACCUGUCAGCUGGGUCUUCUGAAAGUCACCAAGAGCUCACCAGCAAGGUGCCAGGGCCUCAGGUCGAAGGUCGGAGGACGAUUUAACACUGGUAGCUCCAGAGGGACUGUCUCCAUGCAGUCAUUGGUGGUGGAGGUCUGUAGUGAAGGGCCAAGAGUCAUGAUUCAGUGCAAAUGAUCCUCAUGUAGAGCGUUUUUGUACAAACCUAGUGUUCCUCUGUUGAGCCUAAUGUCAAGUUGUAUUUUAUUUGUCAGAGCUGGAAUCAUUUUAUUGAUACUUGUUAAGAAGAAUUUAGAGUUGAUUAUGAGGUCUAGUGCAAUAGUGUGAGUGAGUGAGUGUGUAUGUUAUCAUAAACGUGGAAAUAGGCUUAGAGUAAAGAAUAUGUUUUGCAGAUAACACUGCUCAAUCGAAGGUUUUCAUUGAAGGAUAUUAAACUUUUUAGCCUUUCCAAAUCUUAAAUACUUUAUGUAGUGAAAUGUUUACAUUGGAUUGGUAGGACAGAUUGGUUAAGGAAAGAUACCAAAUGUCAUAUUUGUAUUGAAUUCUCUAUAUUUUACCAUUUGAUCAUACAGUAUGAUUGUAUGUGUUCAGAAAUGUGCUUUAUCUUGUAUGUCUCCACUAAUUUGAAAAUUGAAUAGCAAUAGUAAAAUGUUAAACUAAAACAUACAUUUACUCACACACUCAAAUGAACACACACACACACACUGAUAUAUACAUAAACACAGUGAGAGCAGUGGAAAACUGUCUUGUUGAGACAUUUUGCAUUAAUCUUGCAGUCUCAAUUUGUUUUGUUUCAUUUUUAAUGUUGAUUACGUUGUACAUUUGUUGUCCUGGUAAAGUGUCUGAUUUGUUUGACAGUGAGAGGAUCCAGCGAAUGGAUCACAGUGUCCGACUACUGCCUGCUUAAUUCUGUUGGAGUUGUAUUUGUAGCACUGAGAACACUUAAACCCUCAAAGAAAAAAAGAUGAAGAAAAAACUGUAGCCUACAAUAUGCACUGAUUGUAUAAUGAAGGCAAACAUAUUAAUUAACAUUACAGGUUGGACAAUUGAUGGAAGUUGUCACAUUUAAUUUUUUGUUAUUUUUGAUGUACAGUAAAAUAUUUAUCAGUGGCUUCAAAUUCAUACUUACUUUUGCCUUAACAUGGUUCAAAAGCCAAGGAAACACUAUCACUGUUCCUUCUUAGCAAAUAGAAAAAAUAAUACUGGCAACUUAUUUAAUAUUUAUUUUCCCUCAAACUUGUAAGUACUGUAUUGUAAUAAAGAGUAUAUAGUAUAACAUAGAGAAACACUUGGUGCUUUGAUGAUUCUGCUGGUGUGUAGAUGCAGUUGCACAACUACACUGUAGUUUUGAUGUUCAUAUAAAAAUGUAUUAAAAUUGAAAAUGCUGAGAA